GAGCUCAGAGCGCUGAGUCCCAGCCCCAGCAGGGCGCACAACUUUGGAAGUCCUGUGGCGCUCCAAGAGGAGGCAGAGUCCGCGCCCUCGCCCGAGGUCCUGCCCAGCCCGCACCACUGCGCCUGGGGGUAGCGACAGAAUCGGAAAUCUCUUCAAGGGUGUAAGAAAACAGACAGACUUAGGACUCCGAACCCGCACCUAGGACUCCGAACCCGCACCAACACCUCUCCGCUGCCUCUUGGGGUAAGACUUUCUGCCUUCCGUUCAGCUUAAUAGUCAAGGUAUAGAUGUUUAUUUAAAUACAUUUGUAUAAUUUCCUGACAUCUUUCCAAGUCAUCAGACCACCGAUAAUUUUCUUUUCUCUUUUCUUGAAGACUAAAUCUCUAACCACCAGCUGGCCCUACUCUAUCCUGCCGCUUAGAAAUAAAACUUGGCUGUGUUUGAGGAGCUGGGAAAGAGAAGGCGCCCACCCGGAGCGUCGGAAGGACGAACCUGUGCCAGUUCGCGGGCGCCAGUCCAUGGACCACUAGCGGUCCACUGCUUGGGCCCGGCUCACUGUGGCCCUCUCCUUAUGUGAAGCGCGGCGGGACGUGCCGCGCGCCGGAGGAAGAGGAGGACCCACGGACGCGGGGCCGGAAGGCAGCUGGCAGCAGGCCCAGAAGAACCGGCGCCCGCGUUCAUGUUCCGCCAGGAGCAGCCGCUGGCCGAGGGCAGCUUUGCGCCCAUGGGCUCCCUGCAGCCGGACGCGGGCAACACCAGCUGGAACGGGACCGAGGCGCCCGGGGAUGGUACCCGGGCUACCCCUUACUCCCUGCAGGUGACGCUGACGCUGGUGUGCCUCGCUGGCCUGCUAAUGCUGUUUACAGUGUUUGGCAACGUGCUGGUUAUUAUCGCAGUGUUCACCAGCCGCGCGCUCAAAGCGCCCCAAAACCUCUUCCUGGUAUCUCUGGCCUCGGCGGACAUCCUGGUGGCCACGCUGGUCAUUCCUUUUUCUUUGGCCAAUGAGGUUAUGGGCUACUGGUACUUUGGUAAGGUGUGGUGCGAGAUCUACUUGGCUCUCGACGUGCUCUUUUGUACGUCGUCCAUAGUGCACCUGUGCGCCAUCAGCCUGGACCGCUACUGGUCCAUCACGCAGGCCAUUGAGUACAACCUAAAACGCACGCCGCGCCGCAUCAAGGCCAUCAUUGUUACCGUGUGGGUCAUCUCGGCUGUCAUCUCCUUCCCGCCACUCAUCUCCAUAGAAAAGAAGGGCGCUGGCGGCGGGCAGCAGCAGGCCGAGCCGAGCUGCAAGAUCAACGACCAGAAGUGGUAUGUCAUCUCGUCGUCCAUCGGUUCCUUCUUCGCGCCUUGCCUCAUCAUGAUCCUGGUCUACGUGCGUAUCUACCAGAUCGCCAAGCGUCGCACCCGUGUGCCACCCAGCCGCCGGGGUCCGGAGACCGGUACCACGCCGCCGGGGGGCGCCGAUCGCAGGCCCAAUGGCCUGGGCCCGGAGCGCGGCGCUGGACCCGCGGGCGCCGAGACCGAGCCGCUACCCACCCAGCUGAACGGCACCCCGGGAGAGCCCGCGCCCACUGGGCCGCGCGACGGGGAUGCGCUGGACCUAGAGGAGAGUUCGUCAUCCGAGCAUGCAGAGCGGCCCCCGGGGCCGGGUAGACCCGAGCGCGGUCCCCGGGCCAAGGGCAAGACCCGGGCGAGCCAGGUGAAGCCGGGGGACACUGUGCCGCGGCGCGGGCCGGGGACUGCGGGGCCCGGGGCUUCGGGGUCGGGGCCGGGAGAGGAGCGCGGCGGCGGGGGCGCCAAAGCAUCGCGCUGGCGCGGGCGGCAGAACCGUGAGAAACGCUUCACGUUUGUGCUAGCGGUGGUCAUCGGCGUGUUUGUGGUGUGUUGGUUCCCGUUCUUUUUCACCUAUACACUCAUAGCGGUCGGCUGCCCAGUGCCCAGCCAGCUUUUCAACUUCUUCUUCUGGUUCGGCUACUGCAACAGCUCCUUGAACCCGGUUAUCUACACCAUCUUCAACCACGACUUCCGCCGCGCCUUCAAGAAGAUCCUCUGCCGUGGGGACAGAAAGCGCAUUGUGUGAGCUCAUGGCUUCUGCCCUGCUUACAGACACUUGCAAGAUGCAGGCCCCAGGAAUUGAGGGGGCGCGUCUACGCAUGCAGCCCCAGCACUCUGAAACCCUGGACCUAUCUGCUCCGUGUGUUAUCUGGCUUAGAGGGAGUUCGGUGGCCUUUGAGAGAACCUUUUGUUACACGUGUAAAGUUUUAGCCGAGAGGGACACACACGCGCCUUUUGGUGGUCGUUAUGGCUAUUUCCGACCCAUGGUCGUUUUCCUGGUGGGCUACUACUGAUCAGUAUCGUUUCCUGGUGUUACUGUCAUCUUCUCCCCUAGUCUGACUCUCCUAAGUUCUUCCAAGCAAGCACAGUACUAAAGAGAGCAUGGCUGCCAAAGGGUUCAUGAACCAACAUUUCUUAGCCCUGGCUAGUUACCACCCUCCCACCUUUAAAAAA